GGUCUCUUAACAUCUGAAAAAAAGCCUCGCGCACAUACCUUGGAAGACUGGGUAUUAGUGAGUCCCAUCGAUGCUGGGAGAGUGGCAAAGUUGUUGGGUCAGGAAUAUGACAUCAAGAGGGCAAAGUGAGACACAAAAGUUGAAGCAGAACCUAGGUGAACAGCUUGAUCGCCUUGUAGCCCAGCUGUCAGAUUUAGAAGAAUGCAAGGAAGAUUUAGAUGAGGAUGAAUAUGAAGAAACAAAGAAAGAAACACUGGAACAACUGAAAGAAUUCAAGGACGCAUUGGACAAAUUUGCUGCUGGAAAUGUGACCCUAGUUGACGAAAUAAGUAGCAUGCAGUUGGCAAUCCAGGCAGCUAUAAGUGAAGCUUUUAAGACACCAGAAGUCAUUCGUCUGUUCGCAAAGAAACAACCAGGCCAGCUGAGACAGAGACUCGCAGAGAUGCAAAGAGAUCUUAAAACUGGUCAUCUGAGUCAAGCAGCUUACACACAACAAGCAGUGGAGAUUUUAACAGCCUUAAAGAAGCUUGGAGAGCAGCUAACACCUCAAGAAGCUGAAUUUCUGGCUGUGAAUACCAAUGCAGCUUUAAGUUCCUUUGAAAAAGUUUCAGAAAACAUGGGAAGUGGUGAUAAACUCCUUAAAGUGGCUGGUUCCCAAGUCGAGGAUGCUCAGAAGUAAACUGUUGACUCUUGAUACUAAAUGGAUUCAUGAUGCAAAUGAUACUGUUAUUACAAAUCUGCGUUGAUGUCAUGACACUCUGUAUGAACAUUGUUAGUUUCUCUUACAGCAGACUCAACUUGUUGGUAGACAAAAAUGACUACACCAAGCAGAAUUGUGUGUACGAAGAAAAUUACUUAUUAAAAAAUUCAUCAUCAUCAGUCUUCAUCGUGCCAUCAGACGCAUAAGACCUUUUAAAAAAAAUAGUUCAGUGCUUACUACAAGAAACUUAAUAAUAAUAAUAAUAGACUUGUAUAGCGCUAGAACUAGACAAACAUACUCAAAAGCGCUUUACAUUAAGUUAAAAUAAAUGAAUAAAUGGAAAUCACUAAACUUUAAAACUAUUACAACAACUAUGCUAAACUUUAAAACUAUUUCCACAAGUCAAAAGCUUUCUUAAAAAGAAAUGUUUUCAGUUGCUUUUUGAAAAUGGUGAGGCUGCUACUUGUUCUUAUAGUUAAUGGCAGCGAGUUCCAUAAGACAGGUGCAGCAUGAGCAAAGGCCCGAUCCCCAAGUGUAGAGCAGUUGACUUACAGGUAGGAUAUAUAUACCUGGAACCCAGAUGGAAGGUCCUGCAUGCAGAGAGUGAGGAAAAAUACAGCAAUUUAUCAACAAGCGAAUAAUGGCUUGAUUUGCCACCAAUCCAUAUAACUUACAUUAAAAAUAUGUGCAAUUAGGAGUAUAAGUGAAAUGACAUUUUGUUCUUGGGGCUGAAUACCCUGGGUCCCAGAGGGUUCUUUUGGAGGGCAGCAAAGCCACUUCCUGUGAGUGACAAAGCAGCAGUAUCACGCUUUAGCAAUUCACUGCUCCUUGUGUGAAAGAAAAAUAAAACCCGUGGCACUCGGGGUUAGGUCUGAAAGGAUUGAAAUGCUGUUUUAGGCAAGCCGUAAAAUAUUAUUAUGCACCAGUUCACGUAGCUGAAACAAAUUCUCAGUCCAUUAGCUACAGUAGGCUUAGGAGGCUCAGGGUGCAACAUUUAAAUGUUUUUGAAGCUUUGGGGUACCUAUAGACAGGUUUUUUGUGACCUGAAUAAUCACACCUUGCCAUGAUCAAGUUUUAUAGAUUAUUGUUUAGAAAUUUUCAUGUUUCAGCUAACUUCAUCCAUUGAAUGACGUGUAACCUUAAAUAACAAACUCAGAAAAUCAUGGGAAAGAGCUUUUAUCUAUAAUGGCCUGUUUGAGCUCAACUUAUUGUAAUCACCAGUAGUCAACAAGUUAAAGUUUUACCUGCAUCUUACUUUUCAUCAACUGUUGGCUUAUUACUAAGUGAUGUAGAGAGGUAUGUUUUGUAAGUGAGCUUCUAUUUAAGUAGAAAAUACAUGAAAUUUGUGAA